AGGGGAAUUCCUAGCUUGUCAACUUGCAUCGGAUUUUAGAACAUGCUGUAACGUUAGCCAAGUGAACAGAAGCUUGUAAUUUUCGUGUGUGGGUUUUCCUCGCUAAAGAUAAUGACAGAUGUCUUACGUUACAAUUAUAUUUGAUCAGGCAGAUGUCAUUUUGGUUCGCUAGUGUCAUAGCUAGCUAACGUUGCUUAUCGCCCUCAACCAAAUUUAGCCAACGUUGAAGUUACAACGCUAGCGUGCUAACGUCAACGGUUAGUUGUUUAGUUUGCUGCUGGCUAACCUUACACCAGGGUCCGGGUGAAUAGUGGUGGUUUAUUUACGCGUCGGCCUGUCCUUGGUUCUCCCAGUCUAAUGGUUCAGCCCCAGCCCAACGCCGGGAGCACACUGCAGUGGGAGAUGAAUGGGGAGGAAGCGGUGGGCGCCGGAAGCAAUGGUUCGCUCGGGCCCAGUUCGCAAGGCUCCCUUCGGGUUCCGCCUGAGCUGGCUGGCAAUGAGGUGGUGCUAAGGCUAGUGGGAGACAACCACCAGCUGCGAGAGGCGUUGAAGAGGAGUAAUGACUCCCUACGGGAGCGCUGCGGAGAGAUGGAGGGGUGGCAGAGGAAGGCCAAGGAAGAGAGGGAGUUCCUCAGCUGCCGCUUCCGCGAGGCCAAGGCCCUGGUGGAGCGAUUGGCACAGGAGAACCAGGUCCUGCUGGGGAAGGUCAACCACAAUGGCGGACUCCCAGGAAACCGCUGCAAGACCAACCUCAUGGAAUCAGGAAGCCAGGCUCCCGACCCAGACGUGAAGAGCCCGCUGUCGGAGAGAAAUGGCUUACAAGAUUCCCUAGAUUCAACAGGGGACCGCCUGGAUGUAGAGAAAGGAGUCAUGGCUAAUCCCAGGAGUUUGUCUUGUGGGAGUGAGAGUAGCUCUCUCAGUAGCUUGUCCACCAGUGUGGAUGACUUUCAGCCCUUCCAGGAGAGCUGUGGGGAUAGUAAGCCCUGUGAAGGAUCCAACGAGUUUCUGCAGCUGCUGAAGAGCCACAAGGAGAAACUGGAAGAGGGGAUGCGGGUGCUCAGGAAGAAGAACGAAGAGCUGGAGAGGGAGAAGGCCGAGGGUGAAAAGGAGAAGGACGUGCUGUGCACUGCUAUGGACCAACUGCAGGCUCGUCUCAGUCAGCUCUCUCAACAGCAGAGUGGUACUGUGAUGGUUGAGGCAGUUCAAAGGUCAGAUGUUCCACAUAUGGCCUCUGACAGUGGGUCCCAAUUGUCCAAGAUGAAAGAUCAGCUCCAGGCUACGCAAGAAAGGUAUAAGGAGCUGCAGGAGAAGCUGGACUGUCUCCAGAAGAGCUCUGUGCACAGAGACCGAGCUGAGGCCCAGCUUAAGUUGAAGGAAAAGGACUGUGCACAGUUGGUCAAAGACUGCGAGGCCCUGAAGGCUCAGGUAACGUCUCUGUUGGGGGAGCUGCACGAGAAGCAGAGUGGCCUGGAGAAAAGUGACGAGAAGAGAAGAGACCUGGAGGAGAAGCUGAGCAGUAAGACGGAGGCCCUGCAGACGCUGGAGAGAGACAUGGAGCAGCAGCGGAGGCAGAACACAGUCACUGUGGACAAGCUGCUCAUGCAGGUGCAGAACCUGGAGGCGGCCCUCAAGAAUGACCGCCUGGUCAUCACCGAGGAGAGGAGGAAGCUGGCUCAACUCCAGCACGCAUACACAUGUCUGUUCCAGGACUACGACGCCAAGCUGAAAGCCGAGAAUCAAACCAAAAGGGGUGGCGAGGUGGGUGACCUUUCCAAUCGGCUGGUGGAGGCCGAGAAGGCGCUGGCUCUGAAGCAGGAACUCAUCGACAAACUCAAGGAGGAGGGGGAACAGCAGAGGAGCUCUCUGGAGACCAUCCCAGUGCUCACUGCACAGGCGGAAAUCUACAAAGCAGAUUUCCUGGCGGAGCGGUCAGCUCGGGAGAAGCUGAACGCCGUCAAGGAGGAGAUGCUGGAGCAGCUGAACCAGGCCAAGGCUGACAUCGAGCGCCUCAAGCAGGAGGGCUCCUCCCGAGCGCGGUUGGAGGCCAUGCAGCACAGGCACCAGCACCUCCCUGGUCCUCCAGCAUUCAAUCCAGCCCAGCCUCCCCCAUCCUUCCGUAGUGGUGCUGAGGAGCAGCCAGACUUCCGCUGCCCAAAGUGCCGGUACCAGGCCCCCGACAUGGACACCUUGCAGAUCCACGUCAUGGACUGCAUCCAGUGAAACCCCCUUCCUCCCCCUGCAGAGAAGAUUAUGAGGGAUGCAGUGGGCGGAAGGGUUGGUUGGUGGCAAGCUGAUGAACUUUGAACUUAAAGCCAAUUGCUUUUCUGAUUGGAGGAGAGAGGGGCAAAGGUGAAAAGAGACUGAUCGUGACCUUUCACUUUUUGAACGCUGUUGCACACAAUCUGCCGACUGAAGGCAAAGCACCAAGAUACCGCUGGAACAUUGACAUGAGCACUGCUCAUGAAAUUUUCCAUUGAAAUCUAAAAAUUACAUGAAACUUUGUAUGUGUGACAAUGCUGUGUGUAUAUUUUAUAUAAAUAUAUAUCUAAGAUUUACACACUUACAUGAAAACAUAUAGAUAUGUAAAUCUUAUUGACAGAAAAUGUAGGAUACUGCCUAUGUGACAGCAUAUUGUAAUGUAAUGCACGUAUGGAUGUGUGUCUGCUUCUCGGCAUAUGUCUGUCUGUGGCCAUGUUUUUUUCCGCUGUGGUUUUUUGUCCAUCUGUCAAGAUGUGCUCACUCUUUGAGGAUAAUAUGCCAGUCUUCUAUGUGAAUAUUGUCUAUUAUAUUCAUUAUAUUAAAAGAUGAAAGAGGCUUUUACUUUGUAUAGACUGUUGUUAUGGCAAGAAGUUUAAAGUAAUAAAUAUAACUGUAAAUAUUUUGAGGAUU